AUGUCAAUGACAAUAGAGAUAACUAUUCUAUCUGCAGAAAAUAUGCAAGAGAACAAAAAGGCCAUAAAAGGGAACACAUUCGUCACGGUUGAAUGCGACGGAAGCAGCGACGAAGCGAGCACCACGAAGCUCGAUUCGGAAGGCGGGAGUUACCCUACAUGGAAUGAGAAGUUAGUGAUAAAUCUGCCCAUGCAUGCAAGGUUUGUAACAAUAGAUGUCAGAUACAAAACAAGAGGAACUAGUAGCAGUAGUGUUGGAGUUGCUAGAAUACCUAUUUCUGAUUUCAUUGGAGGUUAUGUACAUGAAAAUCAGUUACAGUUUUUGAGUUAUAGGUUGUGGGAUAAUAGAGUUAGGAGAAAUGGAGUUGUAAAUAUUUCAGCUAGGGUUAAAGUGUCUCAACAAAAUUCUUGUUCUAAUUCGAUGAUAUCCAACGGGAAUGGAGUUCCGGUAACUGGUGUUCCGGUUGCCGGUAAUGGCUCUAAUAGAGUUGUAACAGGGAUACCAGCUGUUUGGUUAAACUGCCAAAGAAACCUUUGA